CACUCCGAUGGCACAACGCCCACGACGCACAGGCUGUCCCGCUGGUGACAACAGGUGCACACUGGCAAGUUGGGAACGCAGGGGUAUAAAGGCAAGCCCGAGAAAGGAGGGCACGCCCCUGGGACGUCCACACUGAAACCCACAAAACACCUGAAAGCUUCCGCCGACAUGCUCUUGAAAUCCGUUCUCUUCGUCGCCGCGUGCGCGAGCCAUUGGGUUGACCCCGUUGUAGCGGCGGGCAACUCCACCAUCAACCUUCCUGGGUGGGAGAAUGUCCAGAAGGCUUGGGCUGCAGUCCAGAAGGUCGAUACAGGUAGCGACGCAUGGGACCGUCUGGCUGAGAUGACGGACACCUACGGUCCGAGGAAGACUGGGACCCCCGGGUACUUGAAGUCGUUGAAAUGGCUUCGUGACCAACUGCAAGCCGAUGACCUCAAGAUCUUUCAACAACCCGUGCCGAACGUGCCUACUUGGACCAGGAAGGACGAGUCGUUGACCCUCAUUAGCAACAAGGAGCGUCCCAAUUUCGAUAUCCCCGUGUUGGCUCUCGGCAGCUCCUUCCCAACCAGCAAGAAGGGCAUCACCGGAGCGGUGAUACCGAUCACGUCCUUGGCUCAGCUCAAUACUACGGAUGUCCGUGGCAAAAUUGUUCUCGUCAACUACAACUGGACGGGGUACGGCGCCGCUUCUCGUAUCAGAAGUACCGCGGCACAAACUGUGGAGGCGUUCGGAGCCAAGGCUGUGAUCAUCAGGUCGGCCACGAGCGUCAGUCAGCGAACCGUCCACACUGGAUUCUCGAGGCGCGCUGGGAUUCCUGCGGCGGCAAUCUCUCCUGAGGACGCCAACCUCCUUCAACGGCUUUACAAAAGAUCGCAAACCAAUCCCAAAAAGUACCCGGCUCCAGUCGUCCAGUUGAACCUGCAGUCCGACUACCGCAACACGACCACCUACAAUAUCUUUGCUGACCUGCCCGGCACCACCCAUCCCAAGGAUCUCGUUUUGAUCGGCGGACACUUCGACAGCUGGGAUGUUGGCGUGGGUGCAGGUGACGACGGUGGCCCGGUUUUUGCUGCCUGGGAGGCGAUCCGCCUCAUCAAGAAGAGCGGGAUCAAGCUCAAGCGCACCAUCAGGCUCACCGGGUGGGCCAACGAGGAGAGCGGCUCCCACGGUGCCGCCAAAUACGCGGAAUACGUCCAAGCGGAAAACAAGAAGCGCAACGGCGAGCGCCACAUCCUUGCCAUUGAAAGUGAUUUUGGCGUCGCGACCCCGGCCGGGCUUACUGUUGAAUCGUACUUCCCCGCUGGAGAGAAGGCGUUGAAGGUUUUGCAGGCGGCUGCCCAAGCGGAUGCUUUGAUCCAGGCGAACCACUGGGGAACGGUCGAAGGAGGCGGUGAAGGUUACUCUGGAUCUGACACGGAACUCUUGGGAGCCGUUGGCGUACCCGUUGCUGGUUUCGAGACGACGAUUACGAGUGACACCUAUUUUGCCUUUCACCAUAGCCGUGCCGAUCAAAUGGAGGUCGUCAACCCGAGGGCGCUAUACCAGAACGCCUUGGCCUUUGCUUUCUGGGCCAUCGUCGCGUCCGAGCUUGACAAGCCUCUUGGUGAGAUUGAGGUUUGAUCUGACAUUGCGGGUGUACUAGAAUUCCGCAAACGUUGUCUACAGAUAGAUUAAAUAGGACACACCGUUUGGACUAUGCCCUGUGGAACCCCUAAUGCGUGAUGUAUAGACCGAUACUUGUACAGUUCGCUAGGGUGUGGCGGUUUAAGUUCCAAUGAUAUUUCGUCGCUUUCGAAGAAAA